CUGAAAGAUGGCUUGUUGCUUCAGUUUCCAGCGUGCUUCAGAGGAGCGAGGAGCCUGGCAAGUUCCAGACGGCACCCGAGAGGGGCUGCGUGUGUGCCGCGAGGAGCCAGUGCAUUUCUCCUAAGCAGGUCAAGUCAAAGAUCCCUAGAACCCAAGGAAUUCUGGAAUCCUUAGAAUCAAGGAAUUCAAUCUAUUAAGAGCUACUUCCCAAGUUCCAAGUUUCAUGGAAAUGCUUCUGGAUAUGGCAAGUGCUAAAAUGAUCAAUGGCACACAAGAAGACCUUCCACUUGGAAUUAAUGAAUCAUUAUUCAAUGAGACUAAGAACAGCUUGUGUUCUCCCGAUGAAUUUUGGGAUUCCUUUAACACAAUCCAGACCCCAUUCCUCUGGAUCAUCUUUGUAAUGAUCACAGUCGAAAACCUGUUUGUUCUCAGUGUUUUCUGUUUGCACAAAAGUAGUUGCACAGUGCCUGAAAUUUACCUGGGGAAUUUAGCUGCAGCUGACCUGAUUUUAGGUGUUUGUCUCCCUUUCUGGGCCAUUAACAUUGCCAGCAACUAUGACUGGUCCUUUGGAUUGGUUCUCUGUAAAGUGGUGAACUCCACUAUGUGCAUGAACUUGUAUAGCAGCAUUUUCUUCUUGAUGUUGGUGAGUAUUGACCGAUACCUAGCUCUGGUGAAAACCAUGUCUAUGGGCCGAAUGCGAGGUACCUGCUAUGCCAAAUUCUACAGUUUCAUCAUAUGGCUUUUUGCAAUAAUAAUGAGUUGCCCUAUGUUGAUUUUCCGUUCCCUAACGAACUAUGACGAGGAAGGCCACAACGUCACUAUUUGUUUCCUCAACUACCCGUCAUCUAAAUGGGCAGUCUUCAACAAUGUUCUCCUGAACAUCGUAGGCUUUGUGCUGCCUCUCUGUGUCAUCUCUUUCUGCACUGUGAAAAUCAUCCAUGUUCUUCAGAACAAUGAAAUGCAGAAAUUCAAGGCAAUCCAGAGAGAGAAGAAGGCUACCAUCCUUGUCCAGGUGGUCCUUCUGUUCUUCGUCAUCUGCUGGCUCCCUUUCCAGGUCAGCACAUUGAUGGACACCUUCUAUCGGCUGAACUUUAUUUCAGACUGUCAGACUAAAACAACUUUAGAUGUGUUUACACAGAUAGGAACAUAUGUUGGUUGUAGCAACAGCUUCCUGAACCCUCUGGUAUAUGUGAUUGUGGGGAAAAGAUUCCGGAAGAAAUCUAAGGAGGUUUACAAGAGAUGGUUCAAGAUUGCGCGAUGCCAAUCAGACUCAAUCCAAACAGAAAAUUCACUGAGCACUUUGAAGACCUCCAUAACAGUGGACCGUCAGAUUAAUAAAAUAGAUAGGCAUCUAGAGGGUACUGAGUAAUCUGUUUUAUUUUAUUUUUAAAAGACUGUAAAGCUACGACCUUACAUAUGUUCAUGAGCCACUCUCAAAAUGUACUAGCUAAAGUUGGGGUUAGUAGAAAAGCUUUCAUUUUUCUGGAGGUUCAAGAGCAGUGAAGAGAGGGGGAAAAAUAGCAACUGGUCACUCAACUCUACAUCCACCUGACCCCUCAUCUCUCCCGCCCCUGUACAGCAUCAUGGAUCCUCAAAAGAAAUCCUAGGCCUGGAAGCUCUCAUGCCUUUUCAGUGACAGAGCAGUCAAUUCCUAGUAGGGGAUUGGUCAAAUUAUUUUCUCUGAGUUUUUAAUCUGGCUAUGGUUCCUAAGGAUGAGAUCCCUGACUAAUGAAGGCUCAUCUCCAAGCUCAAUGAAGAAGUUGUUUGGGAUAAAAGAAAUCAGGGAAAGAGAAAGGAAGGAAAGAGAGAGAGAAUAAAAGAGAGAGAGAGAGAGAGAGAGAGAGAAAAUGAGGGGGAGAAAGAACACAGAAAAAUGGAAUGUGCUAAGCCAAAGUCAGAUAUUAAAUGUUGGUGCCAUCAUAUUGGCACCAUCAUGUUGGGACCACAACCUAUUAGAGUUGGAAGGAAUCUUUGAAUCAUGGAAUAUUAAAUUACAAAAUACUCAAGUAGGAAGGAAAUUUAGAACAUUGAAUGGUAAAGCAAGAAGGAAUUAGAGACUGAUCUAGGUGCAAACUUCAUUUUACAGAUAGAAAAACUGAGGUCCCCAGAGGGUUCAUUAAUUUAGCCAAGGUUACACUCUAAAGGGCAUGUGAGUGUUACCAAAAUGUUGCAAGAUUUCCAAGGAGGAAGAGGUCAUUUUGAACAGGAGCAAUCAGGGAUGAGAUUUGAACUGAGCCCUGAUUGAUGAGUCACUUUGGUAUAGGUCUGCAUGUUUACAAAAAUCAGUUGUGAAUCACAAAGAUACAUUUCUAAGGUAUAAUUCCUUUUCUUUUGGUGCUCCUGACUGCCCACCUGGUCCUAUUAGCUGGAGAAGAAAUAAUAACAAUAAUAAUAAUAGCUGGUAUUUAUAUAUCACUUUGUAAAGAUAAGUGCUCUCACAUACUUCAAGUAGAAAUGAGAAGUAUCGUCAAUACAGUGUUAAAAUAUAUGUAUUGCCAUGAUGUUUAUAUGUCAACAUGUAUAUAUUGAUAAGUGUGUAUUGAAGGGAAAGGUAGGAAAAAAGGAAGUGAAGCUCUUUGUAGAACAUUUCAUUGAAAGCACAGAUGAGCCACAAUGGAAUGGUUUUUUAUUAUUAUAAAGAUAUUUUACUAAUUACAUGUAAUAACAAACUUCCACGUAAGUUUUCCAAAGUUAUGUGAUCCAAACUGUCUCCCUCCCUCCCCUCUUCCCUCCCAGAGCUGGCAAAUAAUUUGUUCUGAGUUAUACAUGUAUUAUCACGCAAAACAUAUUUCCAUAUUGUUCAAUUUUGUAAGAGAAUGAUCAUAUAAGGCCAAAAUCCCAAAAUAAAAACCCAAAUAAACUUCAGUGAAAAAUAA